GGCUGCUCGCAUGAGAGACAGACGUGUGUAGUCAGAUAAAUUUUUUUCUUUCUCCAUUUAGAAAGCCGAAAUAAUUCGCCAGUUUCGAUCCAGUCUACGCAUAAAUGUUUAAAAUUAAUAACAGUGUUAUUUUGACAAUUGUUUUUUUCUUUUUUUACAUGAGGAAACGUAUACGCUUGUAAUCUGAUUCUGUAUUCUGUAUUUUUCUUGUUCUCAUUUUUCUUUGAUCGGAAGCAAGGAAUUUGAUUCGAUCAGAAAAUUGAGAUAUGGAUGGGAAUAAUUGGAGGGCUGCUCAGGCUCAAGCUCAAGCUCAAGGGGGUGGUGAAGGUGCUGCUGCUGCCGGACCUCCCACCGGAGCUAUGGAUUCCGGUGAUUGGCGCACUCAACUUUUACCCGAUUCUCGUCAAAGGAUCGUCAACAAGAUAAUGGAGACCUUAAAGAGGCACCUUCCUGUCUCUGGGCAAGAAGGAGUUCAGGAGCUUAAGAAAAUUGCAGUGAGGUUUGAGGAAAAGAUCUAUACGGCUGCUACAAGUCAGCAAGAUUAUCUGCGGAAAAUAUCUUUAAAGAUGCUAACUAUGGAGACCAAAUCUCAAAAUCCUAUUAAUAAUUCUAUGCAGCCCAAUGCUGCAAGUAGUGGUCAGAAUGCCCUUGGGCCAGGAUCCCACAGCAUGCAGUCCCAAGUUAACAGCCAAGCACAGCAACUUCCUGUACCUAUGGUGGCCAAUCAAACUCAAACACGGCAACCACUGUUGCAGCAGAACAUUCAGAACAACAUGCCAUCAACUGGGCUGCAAAAUUCUGCAAGUUUGACUCCUGCACUUCCUCCUGUGAGCAAUUUGACGCAGGCUACUAUGCCAAAUGUCAUGGGCCAGAACGCAAAUUUGCAGACCAUGCAAAACAUGCAAAAUGUUGGUCAAAACUCAGUAGGAAAUGCCAUUGGGCAAGGCAUGCCUUCCAAUAUGGUUGCUAAUUCUCAGAGGCAAAUGCAGGGGAGACAACAGGUUGUUUCUCAACAGCAACAGCAGCAGUCCCAGACAUCACAGCAAUAUCUUUACCAGCAGCAGAUGCAUCAUCAAAUGAUGAAGCAGAAAUUUCAGCCAGGAAGCACGCAACAGUCCAUGAUGCAAUCUCACAUGCAACAGCAGCAGCAGCAGCAACAGCCGCAGGACCAGCAGCAACAACAACAACAACAACAGCAACAGCAACAAAACCUUCUACAGCCUACUCAGAUACAAUCUUCUCAGCAAACUAUGAUGCAACCUUCUUCAAUGCAAUCAACUUCUUUGUCCAACCUUCAGCAGAACCAACAGUCUACUGUUCAACAGUCAACUCAGUCUGUACUUCACCAACGAUCACAAUCAGUUAUGAGACAGCAGCAGGCUCCCAUGCUUCAUCAACAGCAAUCGGCAAUGCUACAGCAACCAAUUUUACCAGCCCAACAGCACCAGCAACAACAGCAACAGCAACAACAGCUGAUUGCACAGCAGGCAAAUGCUACAAAUCUCCAGCAGAACCAACUGAUAGGCCAACAAAACACAAUGCCUGAUGUGCAGCAGAGGAUAGUGGGCCAACAGAACAACUAUAGCAGUCUGCAGCAGCAGCAGUUACUUAAUCAGCAAAACAAUCUUCAAAAUAUGCAUCAGCAGCAGUUGGGCUCUCAAAGUAAUAUUGCUGGGGUCCAGCAGCAACAGUUGACUGGAAGUCAACAACCUGGCAACUCUGGCGUGCCAUCUAAUCAGCACCCUAUCCAUAUGUUGCAACAAUCAAAAGUUCCUCUACAGCAACAAAUGCUGCAGGGUGGUACAACCUUGUUACCAAGUCAAGGUCAACAAUCUCAGUCGCAGCCAGCGCAACAGCAAAUGAUGUCUCAGAGUCAAUCACAACCACCUUUGGGUUUGCAGCAACAGACAAAUCAAUUGCAAAGGGAAAUGCAACAGAGGCUUCAAACAUCAGGCCCCUUGCUUCAACAGCAGAAUGUAAUGGAACAGCAGAAGCAGCUAUAUCAAUCACAAAGAGCCGCACCAGAAGCCUCAUCAACAUCUUUAGAUUCUACAGCUCAGACGGGAAAUGCAAAUGCAGCUGAUUUGCAGGAGGAGGUUUACCAGAAGAUCAAGUCUAUGAGGGAGAUGUAUUUACCAGAGCUCAAUGAUCUAUACCAGAAAAUUGCUGCUAAAGUGCAGCAGCAUGAUUCUCUUCCUCAGCGCCCUCAGACUGAGCAAAUUGAAAAGCUCAAGGUGUUCAAGAUGACGCUGGAACGUGUUGUGGUAUUCUUGCGGCUUAACAAGCAUGAUAUUCAACCUUCUCACAAGGAGAAACUGCUUCAGGUUGAGAAGCACAUAAGUUUCUUUCUUAAUUCCAAUAGGCCGCGCAAACCUACUCCUCCAUUGCAAGGGCAACUUCCUCAGCCUUCCAUGCAGCUUCAGCAACCACAAUCUCUUGAUGGCCAAGGUAAUCCACCUAUGCAACCCGUACAGGGUUCCAUGGCAGCAAUGCAGCAGAAUAAUAUCACCAACUUGCAGCAUAAUUCUUUAUCUGGUGUAUCAACAAUUUCCAACUCUCAGCAACACAUGGUAAAUACAGUACAGUCUGGUUCCACUGUGGAUUUGGGACAGGGUAAUUCAUUGAACUCACUGCAGCAGGUGGCUACUGGCUCUUUACAACAGAAUCCUGUUAACAGUCCUCAACAGGUAAACAUAAGCUCAUUAAAUUCACAAAGUGGAACAAACCCUGUACAGGCAAACCUUGGUUCCCUACAGCCAAACUCAAACGUCCUACAGCAGUCACUUCCUAAACAGCACGAGCAGCAAAUGUUGCAGAACCAGCAAUUAAGACAGCAGUACCACCAGCGGCAGAUGCAGCAUCAAAUUUAUCAUAGACAGCAGUUCAUGCAACAGCAGCAAGCAAAGCAACAGCAGACCGCACAAUUGCCAGCCCACCAGAUGUCACAGCUUCACCAGAUGAAUGAUGCUAAUGACCUAAAGAUGAGGCAGCAAAUGGGUCUGAAACCGGGAGUUUUACAGCAACAGCAGUCAGUUGGCCAGCGUGUCGGAUCUCAUCAUCCACAAUUGAAGCCAGGGAUCUCUUCACCUCAAAUACAUCAGGCACUAUCUCCUCAGGUUACCCAACAUCCUUCUCCGCAAAUUGACCAACAGAAUAUGUUGGCAUCUCUUACCAAAAAUGGGACUCCUCUCCAAUCCACAAGCUCACCAUUUGUUGUCCCAUCUCCUUCAACUCCCUUGGCUCCAUCUCCAAUGCCAGGGGAUUCGGAAAAAGUUAGUACUGGCCUUGCAUUACAUACAACGGCUGGAAAUAUAAUGCAUCAGCAAGCUACGGUUGCUUCUGCACCUGCCCAAUCCCUUGCAAUUGGUACUCCUGGGAUAUCAGCCUCGCCUUUGCUUGCUGAGUUUACUAGUCUGGAUGGUACACAUGCGAAUGUCUCAGCCGCUGUUUCUGGCAAGUCAAGUGUUGAACAACCAUUGGAGCGCUUGAUGAAAGUGGUUAAAAACAUGUCCCCCAAAGCAUUGAAUUCGUCAGUUAGUGACAUCAGUUCAGUUGUCAGUAUGAUUGACAGAAUAGCAGGAUCUGCACCAGGAAAUGGAUCAAGAGCAGCUGUUGGCGAAGAUUUGGUUGCCAUGACCAAAUGUCGUCUCCAAGCGAGAAAUUACUUUACACAGGAUGGACCUACAGGAACAAAGAAAAUGAAGCGAUACACAACUUCCAAUGUUGUUUCAUCAAGCGGCAGUGUAAAUGAUAGUUUCUGGCAGUUGAAUUGUUCAGAAGCAUCUGAAUUAGAGUCAACAGCAACAUCCAGUGUCAAAAGACCUAGACUUGAGGUUAAUCAUGCACUGGUUGAAGAGAUACAGAAUAUCAAUCGGCAGCUUAUCGAUACUGUUGUAGAAAUUAGUGACGAAGGUGUUGAUCCAAGUGCAGUUGCUGCUGCAACAGAGGGUGGUGAAGGCACUACUGUGAAGUGUUCCUUCACUGCCGUUGCGUUGAGUCCAAACUUAAAGUCACAGUAUGCUUCUGCACAGAUGUCUCCAAUUCAGCCGUUGAGAUUGCUCGUUCCAGCUAAUUAUCCAAAUUGCUCUCCAGUUUUGUUGGACAAGUUUCCAGUUGAAGUAAGUAAGGAGUAUGAAGACCUAUCCAUGAAGGCCAAAUCAAGAUUUAGUGCCUCUUUGCGAAGUCUUUCACAGCCAAUGACUUUAAAAGACAUAGCAAGGACUUGGGAUGUUUGUGCUCGCGCUGUAAUUUCUGAAUAUGCACAACAAAGUGGUGGUGGGACCUUCAGCUCAAAGUAUGGGUCUUGGGAGAAUUGUUUGAGUGCAGCAUGAUCAAACAUCAAUCUCUGAGAUUGUCUUCAUCUCUGGCUUUGCUCUCCUGCUGUCUUGAUCCACCCUUUGUCUUUGCUCUUUCUGCGGGUCCCUUUUACUGGCUGCAUAUCGGCAUGUUGAACUGAAUGCCUAAAAUCCUCUGUUUAUGCUGGUUGUUGCUGAAUAAAUUUUUGCUCUCCAUCGAGUUGUUUAUAAUCAUGUACGAAGUUUGCCUGUUGAGUUGUUUGUUGUUUACUUAAAACUGGCAAUUCUGUGCAGUGUAUUUCUGAACUGUGAAUGAAAAGUUUUUAAAUUA